UAAGGCAAAGGGCUCCACAUUUCCCUGCUACACUGGUCCAGUAGCUCUGCAGCUUAUAUAGUCUUCAGGGAGCAAGUUUGUGGAAGGGAACGGCUAUCACCAUGCCUAAAGUCAAUAUGCCAGGUCAAAAGACCAAUGAGAGCAUGCGUGCCUUCGCGGAGGAAGUCUUUGCGUCGGAGACCAAAGAUGAGGGCGUCCGUGAUGAGAUCUCCAUGUUUGACGUGCAAGACGACUGUCCCAUCCUUCAACAGGAAAUGGCCCAUCACCUGCACACUGAUGAAGAUGCUGAGAAACGUAAGAAGAGACUGCAUAAAUGUCGCACCAUGACUUUGCCUUCGUCCAUGAGUGAGCAGUCCAGGAAAGUGUUGCGUCCUGUGGCGGAGGUUGAGUUGGAUACCCCAACCUACCUAGAAGUGCCUGACUUCCAGAGAGUGGCUAUUAUCGGAGACUAUGCCUCUGGGGUGACCAUGGAUGACUUUGAGGUGUCAUGUAAGGGCAUAUACCGUGCUCUGUCAAUCAGAGAGAAAUAUAUGCGGCAGGCAUUCCAGCGCUUCCCCCUCACCACAUCACAGUACUUGAGGGACAUUGAAGGAGAGCCCUUUAAGCCUGAAGACUCAGUACAACCAGUCUUCACAUCCCCACCUAAGAAGGGUGAGGACCCAUUCAACACCAAGUGCCUACCUGAGAACGUGAAGUGGGUGGCGCGCAUGAAGAAUGGCGUCAUCUAUGUGUACAAAGACGCCACAGCGGCUGACCAACACAAACCAAUGGAGGAACUGGCCAUCCCAGACUACGAAACAUUUAUUGAUGACAUGAACUUCCUCAUCGCACUGAUUGCACAAGGCCCAACUAAGACGUAUACUCACCGCCGCCUGAAGUUCCUCAUGUCCAAGUUCAACGUGCAUGAGAUGCUGAAUGAGAUGGAGGAGAUGAAAGAGCUCAAGAUGAACCCCCACAGGGACUUCUACAACUGCAGGAAGGUUGACACCCACAUCCAUGCAGCUGCCUGCAUGAAUCAGAAGCACCUCCUGCGCUUCAUCAAGAAGUCGUACCAGGUGGACGCUGACCGUGUAGUUCAGAAGGUCAAGGGCAAAGAUGUCACCAUGAAGGAGCUGUUUGCCAACCUCAACCUUCACCCAUAUGACCUAACUGUUGAUUCCCUGGAUGUGCAUGCUGGCAGACAAACCUUUCAGCGUUUUGACAAGUUCAAUGCCAAGUACAAUCCUGUGGGAGCCAGCGAGCUGCGUGACCUGUACAUGAAGACAGAGAACCACAUUGAUGGAGAGUACUUUGCCAGGAUCAUUAAGGAAGUAGCCUCUGACCUUGAGGAUGCCAGAUAUCAAUAUGCAGAACCCCGUCUGUCAAUUUAUGGCUGUAACCCUAAUGAGUGGACAAAGCUUUCUGGCUGGUUUAACAUGCACAGAGUCUUCUCCCCUCAACUCAAAUGGAUGAUUCAAGUGCCCAGGAUUUAUGACAUCUUCAGAGGCAGAAACUUUGUGCCCCACUUUGGAAAGAUGCUGGAAAACAUCUUCUUGCCUGUCUUCCAGGCCACCAUUGAACCCCACGCCCACCCUGAGCUCAGUAUCUUCCUCAAGCACGUGACAGGUUUUGACAGUGUGGAUGACGAGUCCAAGCACAGUGGUCACAUGUUCAGCACGAAGAGUCCCAAGCCAGAGGAGUGGGACAUUGUCAAGAACCCUUCGUACACUUACUACAUCUACUACAUGUACGCCAACAUCACCAUGAUCAACCAGCUGCGCAAGCAGAGGGGAAUGAACACCUUCCAGUUCAGGCCCCACUGUGGAGAGGCUGGAGCGGUCACUCAUCUCCUGGCUGCUUUCAUGACCGCUGACAACAUCUCUCAUGGGCUCAAUCUCAAGAAGAGCCCUGUGCUGCAAUACCUUUACUUCCUGGCCCAAAUUCCCAUUGCCAUGUCUCCACUCAGCAAUAACAGUCUCUUCCUGGAGUAUGCCAAGAAUCCUCUUCUGGAGUUCCUUAAGAAAGGACUAAUUGUCUCCCUCUCCACUGAUGACCCCAUGCAGUUUCAUUACACCAAGGAGCCCCUGAUGGAAGAGUAUGCGAUUGCAGCCCAGGUGUUCAAGCUCAGCACCUGUGACAUGUGUGAGAUCUCCAGGAACAGUGUGCUACAGAGUGGCCUGUCUAAUGAGGAGAAGAUUCACUUCCUGGGUGCCGAUUAUCUGAAGGAGGGACCUGAGGGAAAUGACAUCCGCAAGACCAAUGUGGCCCAGAUCCGCAUGGCCUAUCGCUACGAGACUUUGUGCUACGAGCUCAACCUCAUCAAGGAGGGUCUAAAGACUGAAUAAAUAAUCUGAGAUGUUAUAUGUUUUAGCCCUUGCUAAAUGUAACAAUUGUUUAAUUCAGGACCUUAUUGUAUACUGAUGUUCUCGUUAACAGAAUGGGUCAUGUGUUUUACUGUCAUCCAGUGGCUGUUUGUAACUGGGCACAUAGCAAUCAUCCUGCAUGUGUUUAAGGUAUUGCAUCUUUUCAUUUGAUCCAUUUCUUUGUCCUUUAUGAAUUGUUCUUGUGUCUGGAUGUGCAAUAUUUUGGGCUGCUAGAAAACAAAAUAUCCACCAAAUUAUUUUAUUUACUUAAAUUGAUGCCCUUGCCCUGGCUUAUUUCAAAAUGAAUGACAAUUACAUCAUACAUUCUUUUGUGAUCCCUUGGGUUUCAUAAAUUGUCACUGCAUUUCUUCCAAAGGACUGAGCGGUAAUAGCUACACACGUGGGAGAUACACUUAAAGGUUAAUUAUGAAGAAAACAUUUAAUUCUACCUUUUAAGUCAAGUGCAUUAAUUAUGGUUUUACUUAAAGUUUUAAAGUAUUAAACUCUCAAAACUGCUUUAACAAA